AAAUAAUUAUUUACUUGUUAUGAAGGCACUGUGAGCCGUGAGAGGUAUAUGCAGACAGCGCAGGGCCUAAGAGCUCUGCGAGUCCCAAUUGGUGGGUGCUCAAGAAGAGAGGAGCUGGACGAAGAGCCCCUAAACCCAAAAACCCAAGAAAGUUGCUUGUUAAUGAGCUUGGGAGGGAGAUUGAAUAGAUAACUUUCGAUGCAGAUCUGUUGUCAUUGGUUUGCUUUUUCAAAACAAGGAAAUGGUUAUGCAACAUAAUCAGAGAUAAACCUUGGCCAACCGUGUUUUGGAUUGUCUGCGAAAUCAAAACAGUUUCUUUUAGCGAAGGCGUUACCAGCUUACUGAUAUCAGGGCUGGUGUCCAUUCAGUUAAGUUGGUACCGUCUUUGCACCAUGCCAUAUUAUAUCCAGAGACUCUUUAACACUUGCAAAGCUUCGUUUUCCCCGAAUGGCCCUGCUUCGGAAGAAAGCCUUGAAAAAGUUCGUGCAAUGCUAGAAAAAAUGAAGCCUUCUGAUGUAGGCCUAGAACAGGAGGCACAACUGGUACGUAAUUGGCCAGGUACUUUGCCUGAACGCAAUGGCCGCCAUCAAUCACUGCCACCAAUCAAAUACUUGCAUUUGCAUGAGGAUGACAGCUUCUCUAUAGGAAUUUUCUGCAUGCCACCUUCAUCGAUCAUACCUCUCCAUAAUCAUCCUGGAAUGACUGUGUUGAGCAAGCUUAUUUAUGGUUCAUUAUAUGUUAAUUCCUAUGACUGGCUCGAUUUACCGAGACCAGAUGACCCUUUUGAAGCUAGACCAGCAAAGCUUGUUAGAGAUACUGAAAUGAUAGCACCCUGUCCAGCAACAAUACUUUAUCCAACAAGUGGAGGCAACAUCCAUUGUUUCAGAGCGAUGACCCCCUGUGCCAUAUUUGACAUCUUAUCACCGCCAUACUCUUCAGAAAAUGGACGACAUUGCACUUAUUUCCGAACAUCUCCAAGAAAAGAUUUGCCUGGUAGUCUUGAGUUGGAUGGAGUUACAAUCCCUGAAGUGACAUGGUUAGAGGAACAUCAACCUCCCGACGACUUUGUGAUUCGGAGAGGGCUGUACAAGGGUCCUGUUAUUAGAACUUAGAAUUUCUUAUUUUGAUGUUCUUUACAUUUUAGUCAAAUUUGCUUUUACUUGAUAGGAAACAUUGAGGGGAACUAUGGUAUAUGAGUGGUUGAAAUGACCAUGGCAAUAAUAUUUUUGGCUAUGUAAGUUGGGCAUUUGGUUUUGUACAUAAUAAAACAGCCGCACACUCAUUGAUUUACUUACUGACCUCACAUGAAGCUUGUAGAGUAGUCUCUGAAAGUUGGGAAACACUUGUUGCUGAAGGACUAUUCAUCUCAGAAUCGGCUUGUUUAAUGCAAUAAUGAUAUUAGCUUAAUUUAGCCUA